AGCUCUCCGGCCGGGCGGUGUCCGCCGUGGGGUGGCGGGGGGCAGGGCGUGGUCAGGUAAAGUGCGUGCACGAGCGGGGCUCCCGGGAGCCAUGGCCUGCUCCAUUGUCCAGUUCUGCCACUUCCAGGACCUCCAGGCCGCCCGGGACUUCCUCUUCCCUCACCUGCGGGCGGAGACCCCCCUCGGCGCCGUGCGGAGGGACCCCAGUAAAUCAGCGAACUGGGAAGAUGAUGGUUGGGGAGCAUGGGAAGAAACAGAGCCUGUUCUUCAAGAACCUGAAGAAGAAGGAAAUACUUGUAAAACACAAAAAACGUCCUGGCUUCAAGAUUGUGUUUUAUCCUUAUCGCCAACCAGUGAUCUUAUGGUUAUAGCUCGGGAACAAAAAGCUGUAUUUCUAGUGCCAAAAUGGAAAUACAGUGAUAAAGGCAAGGAGGAAAUGCAGUUUGCUGUUGGCUGGAGUGGCUCUUUAAAUGUCGAAGAAGGGGAACGUGUCACCAGUGCUCUGUGUAUCCCACUAGCAAGCCAGAAGAGGAGUUCCACCGGGCGCCCCGACUGGACCUGCAUCGUGCUGGGCUUCACUUCUGGCUCCGUGCGCUUCUACACGGAGAACGGCGUGCUCCUGCUCGCUCAGCUUCUGAAUGAGGACUCGGUGCUCCAGCUUAAGUGCAGGACCUAUGAGAUCCCGCGACAUCCCUGCGUGACCGAGCAGAAUGAAGAGUUGAGUAUCUUAUAUCCAGCUGCCAUUGUGACUAUUGAUGGAUUUAGCCUUUUUCAAUCUCUUCGUGCUUGUCGAAAUCAGGUAGCAAAAGCUGCAGCAUCAGGCAAUGAGAACAUACAGCCGCCGCCGUUAGCUUACAAGAAAUGGGGUCUACAAGAUAUUGACACUAUUAUUGAUCAUGCUAGUAUUGGUAUUAUGACACUGUCCCCUUUCGAUCAGAUGAAGACUGCCUCCAAUAUAGGUGGAUUUAACGCAGCCAUUAAGAACAGCCCACCUGCCAUGUCUCAGUAUAUCACUGUGGGGUCCAAUCCGUUUACUGGCUUCUUCUAUGCUUUAGAGGGAAGCACACAGCCAUUAUUAUCUCAUGUUGCCCUAGCAGUUGCCAGUAAACUCACUUCUGCUUUGUUAAAUGCUGCCAGUGGUUGGCUCAAUUGGAAAAGUAAGCACGAGGAAGAAGCUGUCCCAAAACAAAAGCCAAAGGUCGAACCAGCCACCCCAUUAGCUGUAAGAUUUGGGCUUCCAGAUUCUAGACGCCAUGGUGAGAGCAUAUGUCUGUCUCCAUGUAACACGCUAGCAGCAGUAACAGAUGAUUUUGGCAGAGUUAUUUUAUUGGAUGUAGCCAGAGGAAUUGCAAUACGCAUGUGGAAAGGGUAUCGGGAUGCCCAGGUUGGUUGGAUCCAAGUUGUAGAAGACCUCCACGAAAGAGCCCCGGAAAAGGUGGACUCCUCCCCCUUUGGAAAUACUCAGGGUCCCAGUCGAGUGGCUCAGUUCCUGGUGAUCUACGCACCAAGGAGGGGGAUUUUGGAGGUGUGGAGCACGCAGCAGGGACCCAGAGUGGGAGCUUUCAACGUGGGGAAGCACUGUAGGCUUCUGUAUCCUGGCUAUAAGAUAAUGGGCUUAAAUAACGUCACCAGUCAGAGCUGGCAGCCACAGACGUACCAGAUCUGCCUCGUCGAUCCCGUGUCUGCAAGUGUGAAAACCGUGACUGUUCCUUUCCAUUUGGCGCUGAGUGACAAGAAGAGUGAACGGGCCAAGGACAUGCACUUAGUGAAGAAAUUAGCAGCCUUGCUGAAAGCAAAGUCUCCCGAUCUCGAUUUGGUUGAAACAGAAAUAAAGGAAUUAAUUCUCGAUAUUAAGUACCCUGCAACCAAAAAGCAGGCUCUGGAAAGCCUUCUGGCAAGUGGACGGCUACCUUUCUCCUGCCUCAGAAACAUCACUCAGACUCUCACGGACACUCUGAGAAACCAAGAGAUUGAGUCUGUUGACGAAGGGUUGCUGCAGUUCUGCACCAGUAAACUGAAAUUGCUCCAUCUCUAUGAGUCUGUCAGUCGGUUGAACUCCCUUGAUUUCCACCCAGACACACCAUUCUCGGACCACGACUUGGCUGCAUUGCUAAGGCUUGACGAAGAGGAGCUCGUCAAGCUCCAGGCACUGCUGGGGAAGUACAGACAAGAGAACAGCAGGACCGCUGUCCGGUUCUCUGACGAGCAGGACGGUGUGCUGCCGGUGAGCACGUUCCUGGAGUGCUUGGAGCACGAGAAGGGUGUGGUCAGCACGAAGCAGCUAGGCGACGAGGAGUGCGUGGCCUUAGGCAGUUUCUUCUUUUGGAAGUGUUUGCGUGGAGAAAGCCCCACGGAGGACGUGUGUCACACUUUGGAGGCGGCAGGACUCAGCCCUCAGCUGCUGUUGUCUCUGCUCCUGAGCGUCUGGCUUUCUAAGGAAAAGGACAUUCUGGAGAAGCCGCAGUCUGUCCACUGUCUUCACACGGUGCUGUCUCUCCUGAGCAGGACGAGAGUGGCCAUCGACGACACGUGGGACUCCCAGUCGGUGUCCCCUUGGUGGCAGCGGAUGCGCACGGCUUGCGUCCAGUCUGAGAGCAACGGGGCUGCCCUGCUGUCCGCGCACGUGGGGCACUCUGUCGCCGCGCAGCUGUCGGGCAGCGCGCACGAGGAGGAGAAGUUCUCCCAGACAGCCGUGGACGCUGACGCGGAGGCCCUCACGGACUCCUGGGAGGCCCUUUCUCUGGACACCGAGUACUGGAAACUCCUGCUGAAGCAGCUGAAGGACUGCCUUAUCCUCCAGACCCUGCUGCACAGCAGAGCGGACGCGCGCCCUGUCCGCGUGGCGUCGCUGCCGGCCGAGCCGCUCCCCCGGCUCUCGGUUAGGAAGCUCCUCGAGGGAGGGCGAGGUGGCAUUGCAGACAGUGUGGCCAAGUGGGUAUUUAAACAGGACUUGAGCCCCGAAGUACUAAAACUGGCUAAUGAGGAGAGAGAUGCAGAAAACCCAGACGAACCCAGAGAAGGGAUGAACAGAGGUUCGUUGGAGGCGCCAGAGGUGGGCGCGGACUUAGGAGCCAUACCAGAUCUGCUGCGUGCGGCCCGGGAGCAGUUCCCCUGCAGCCUGGAACCGGACGUGCUGCACGCGCAUUGCUGCUGGGAGUACGUGGUUCAGUGGAACAAGGACCCGGAGGAAGCACGGUUUUUUGUUAGGUCAAUAGAACACUUGAAGCACAUUCUUAAUCCGCAUGUUCAGAAUGGCGUUGCACUGAUGAUGUGGAACACGUUCUUGGUUAAAAGGUUUUCUGCGGCUACGUACUUGAUGGAUAAGGUUGGAAAGUCCCCCAAGGACAGGUUGUGCCGAAGGGAUGUGGGGAUGAGCGACACGGCAAUGACCUCUUUCCUCGGCUCCUGCCUGGAUCUCCUUCAGACUUUAAUGGAGGCAGACGUGAGCAGGGACGAGGUGCCGGUGCCGGUCCUGGACACGGAGGACGCCUGGCUCGCGGUGGAAGGGCCCGUCUCCAUUGUGGAACUGGCCCUGGAGCAGAAGCCUGUCCACUACCCGCUGGUGGAGCACCACUCCAUCCUGUGCUCCGUCCUGUACGCGGUCAUGAGGUUUUCUCUGAAGUCCGUGAAGCCACUGUCCCUGUUUGAUAGUAAGGGGAAAAACGCAUUUUUCAAAGACCUAACUUCAAUUCAGUUAUUACCCAGUGGAGAAAUGGAUCCGAAUUUUAUUUCUAUACGACAGCAGUUCUUACUGAAGGUUGUCAGUGCAGCCGUCCAGGCUCAACAUUCAGGCGCCAAGGACAGACACCCCGCAGAAGAGGCCCCAGCCGCUCCUGGGAGGGAGCUGGACUGGCCAGCCCUGGCCGUGGACUUGGCCCAUCACCUCCAAGUCAGUGAGGACGUCGUGCAGAGGCACUAUGUGGGGGAGCUGUACAGCUGGGGAGCCGACCACCUCGGAGAGGAGGCCAUUCUCCAGGUUCAGGACAGAGAGGUCCUGGCGUCCCAGCUGCUGAUGCUGACGGGGCAGAGGCUGGCGCACGCCCUGCUGCACAGCCGGGCCAGAGAAGGGAUGGAGCUGCUGGCCAGGCUGUCGCCCACGCUCUGCACCUGGCUGAGGGCCAUGGACCCCCAGGAUCUUCAAAACACAGAAGUGCCCAUUGCAACCACUGCUAAACUAGUGAAUAAAGUGAUUGAGCUCUUACCAGAGAACCACGGGCAGUAUGGUUUAGCCCUGCACCUCAUUGAAGCCAUAGAAGCCAUAGCCCUUCCUCCUUUGUGACCCUGCCUGCUGCAAACAGCUCCCGUCACGUGACUGCGUGAACUAGCGCAUGGUUAUGUCAUGCAGGGCGAGCUGGGAUCUUAUGGAGGGGGUUGUCUUCUUCUUGUAUAAAAUAAAUUUAAAAAUAUGUAUAUUACUUUUAAAAAGUACAGUCCUGGCUAAAUUCCGCUCCUUUGGUUAAUACCAAAGGCAAAAAUAUAGGCAAGUAUCAGUUAUGGCAAAUAUAAACAAAUAUCAAUUAUACUAUUAGUUACUCAUACAGAUGUUUUCCUGUUUAUUUCUAAUUUAAGCACUUAGCUAGCUUUAUUGUUCAAUUUUGCUAUUUAAAAUUGGUUAUAAUUUACAGAUUAUGUUCUUAUUAUAAGAUUCUAUAUUUCAUACGCAAAUGUUAUUGUUCUAAGUAAAUCUCAAUGUGAUCGUGUAAAUAUAGUCCCCUCAGUAAAGUCAGAGGAACAUCCCACCCUCCUUCCACAACUGUUAGGAAAAUGCUCUUGUUAUCACACUUCCUCCCAUGCUGGGCUGCCACCUGCUUUGGAAGCGACAGGUCCCUUUCCCAGAGGCUAGGCAGCUGCCGCCAGAGAACGAUGACCUUGCAAAGGGUGAUGCGUUCAAGGUCAUCCUAGUCUUCAGAAGGGACAGUAAAUAGAACCCUUGUUCGGGUACCAAAGGACCUGCCUAUACUUGCCAAAAUCGAGAAUCUGAGAUACAAGCAGCACACCAGAAUUAAUUAUACGACAAGGUAAGAUUUGCUUUUUGCCAAGACUCAAAGUUGUAUUCCCAUCAGGUAAUUGUAAAAAUGUAUUAUCUUGUAAAACUUAGGUUUUAAAAAAAAAGGGGCAAAGAUUCUAAAAAUUUAAGUAACUUUAUUUUUCCUGAAGUGUUUAGAAAUGUCUGCUUCUGGGACUUGGCAAUGUCGCCUGUUCUCGGGAACAGAACAAAGUGCUUAGUGAUGCCGCAGCCUUGGCAAACCUACCUCAGCCGGGUCGAGAGCGUACAGCACAGCUAAUCUGUACCCUGGAGCGCCCAGAGCAGUCCAAGCGCUGAAGAUUAUUUGAUUAAAACCAAACUAAGCAAAACUCUAAGAAGUGCUUUGAGUUCUACAAAUACCAAGUAUUUGUUAUGGUGUAUCUUUGGAAUGUAGCCAUACAGUGCAGUUAUUGUUACCUGUCAUGGAUCACAAUUGUUACUCAUAGUAGCUCGUUGUGAUACAGAGGUUUGCUUCUUCACUUCCUUAUCAGAAGCCAGCUCAAGCAACUGUGCAAAGUUGAGUAUGUCCUUCAGGGACAGAAAGAAAAGAAUGUCUGACGUGAGGACAUCCCGGUGUAAAUUCAUUGCAACUGAAGAUCACAUCCAAACAAGGACUUCCCUGUCUAAAACUUAACAAUGACUGUUUCAAUUUGGAACCUUGAAAAAGAAGCGAGUAGACUGUCCUGAGGUUUGGGGUGAGGGCCUGUGAGUCUGACGGAGGCACAGGUGCCCUGUGGCCUUGACAGCUCGUCCGGCCGCUGCCGGGGUCCCUGCUGCCCCAUCCAGACAUAUUCCUGUCGUCACUGGUUGACGUGUUGUAAAAGACUGGUUCUUUGGUUCUUCCUAUGAGUUUUCUAAAUUUUCUGAAAGUUGUUAAUAUACUUUGGAAGCUGAUUAAAAACCUUGGGAGAUGUACCUAAUCGACAUUUUAGCUGCUAGAACUGGUUAAACUUAUCCUGGAAGGACAUGCAAUCGGACCGGGGGCUGUGGGGAAGAAGCUGUGAUGUGGCACGUAGAACCGUAAGGUCAGGACUCUGUCACCCUAAAAUUCACCACUCAACUUUAAAGUUGAAUUCUGCGUUGUAUGGUUGGUUAAGAAAUGCAGUUAAAUAUUUUACUAUUUCAUCAAGGGCUUUUAAACUAAAUCUGCUAGAAGACAGGCAGAUAAGUAGCUGCGGACAAGCAGACCUCGCUUUACAGAUGCUGACUUGUGCAGACUGGAGGCAAGACCACCAGCAAAACGAGAUGGCUCACUUCAGCGCAGUGCUCGCUUUACGGCGGUGGUCUGGAUCUGAGCCCAGGGGCGCGACGUCUGCCUGUCCACAUUCUGAGGUGCGGAAGAGCCACAAAUGAAGGAAUUAGGUUUGAUGGCGAGUGGCUAGUUCUGACACCAAUGGCAUACGCUGCACUUACUGCGGCUGUUGAUGGGACGCCAAUAACCAGCAGUGUUUUCCCAGACACACUCCCCCGACAGCAUUCACCAGGCAGGUGCACCCUGCUCGGUCCUGCCCUGCAGUGCUGCUGAGAGAAACACGUGUUCACGUGAGCAUAUCCUCUACGGUACAGGUGUGUUCAGACAGACUCCCGAGAGCCAGGGUAAAUGUAGACAAAAGGAAUAGCAUCUGGCUUCUAAAUGCUUCCUUCCUUUGCAAAAAGAAAAAUAGUCUUUUCUCCAUUUCACUUUUGUUAUAAAAAUUCACCUUAGGUCAAAAGUAAACACUGUUACAUUAAAUUGCUUUCUUAAAAAAAACCACACAAUUGCAAUUUAAAAUCACAGAAAGCUCAGAUUUAAAAAUAUUAAGCUUACAUGGAAUAUGACAGUCAGAAGGGGCUGUGAUUCAUUUGAUUUUCAAGAGAAAUAUUUUCAAAGUACUGAUAGCAACAGGAAGCUCUCACCCUGCAGGAGUGGAUUUGUUGGAUUCUAAAAGUUAGAUUCCCGCUGAGUAGAAUUAGCCAUCCCUAGAAAGAUUUUAAUCCAAAAUGGAGUUGUUUAUAAAAUCCUGUUAUCUAGUGUAAUGUAUUGUAGGUAGUGAAAUUCUGUCUAUACUGCUGUUUUCCGUCUGUUCAUUGUGAAUUCAUGUAUAUUAGUGAAAUAAAUUUUCAGCUUUCA